CGUUUAAACAGGCCUUUACUAAGCAAACGUACGUGACCCAUGCAAUAUUGUACAAUGCCUUUUUAUUCCGAAAGAAGGUCAUGAAUGAAUUAUAAUCGGACAAUGUCUUUCAGCAGUAUGCGUGAGCACGUGUCCAGCUAAUGCAACGAACAUGUCGAAGUUGCGUGUUGAUUUUUCAGUAAGAAAGCUAUUCAUUUUAGCAAUACAAUUUCACGGCAUAGUGUAAGGAAGUAAUCUCUUUUCAAUGCAUUUAAUUUUGAAAAGAAAUAUUGUUUAUAUUGCUGAGAAAAGAGCGUGAACUUUACCAGUUGUGGUUGCACGUGAACAGCACGAAGCAUGAAUGGCGGGUCUGUGAACUUUGAUCCUCACAAGCUCAAGCGCCAUUAUCAAUACGAUUGCCAUGUUUUGAGCGUGGUGUUGUUUAUGUUCGUUCGAGACGACGGAUUAAUGCUUUGUUUUUCAUGCUAGAAGACGAAGGAAUGAAAUCUCAUCGGCCAACACAUCAAUCUGCUUUGGUUCACCUCGCCGCUGGAGGGUAAGUUACGUCAAAAUACGAAGUGAAAUUUAGACGCGCGUUUUUACUACGCUUCGUUGUGUUGAAAUCUAAGAACAUGUGAGCCAUUUGUUAACCGCCAAACAGCGUGAAAAUUUCAUGAAAAGCUGCUAAAUACAUAUCGUGACUACUUUAGUAUCACUGAAUUGUCAAGAAUUCACGAUAAAUGCUUAGUUUUAGAUGUAAUAAAGUGUAAAUUCGUAUCCUCAUUUACUCAUUACGCUCUGCAAACGCAAUAAUAUAACUUAAUAUAGUACAACUCGGUCAAUCGUUUUUCUCUGCAUGAAAGUACGGUGAUUUUCUCAUAAUCUUAGUAGGUAAUUUACAACUACAGUUGCAAAUUGUGUGGGCCACAGUGCUUAAAUCAAAGUCGCAGUUUCUCAAGUGUUUUUGCAGUUUUUCAUGUGAAUAAUUUAUCAUGUUUUUUAUCUAUUUUUAACCAAAUAAGAAAUGAACUCGUGUUGCCCUUCGCUACCCGUCUAAGGUCAUUGGAAUUUUGAGCAUAUAUUUCCGUUUGAAUAUAGAGUGUAUUAGUUAUUAAAUAUACUGCAACCCUGGCCCUGUACUUCUUAUUUUUGGAAGCCAAUUUUACUGUGAACAUGUGCUGUUUAUGUUGUACAUUUUUAAGUUCUAUGCAAUGCAUUUGGUUGAGAUUGCAUCAUUUUUUUUGAGGGGAGUUGCCCACCUCCCCUGGGGGGUUUUUGCAGCUACCUUGACUGAAAAGACACCUGGGUGAAUUUACCAGCUAGACAGGAUAGAAAUGGGCCCGCACCACUGGGAUCAUUUAAAUAGGCUCUAAUAGUCCAAAACAGAAGAUAAACAAAUUUUGAAAAAUUGCAUCUGGCAAAUACAUGAUAUAUCAGGACUAGAUUCGAGACAAAUUUUAUGGUGCUAUUUCAAAGCCUUUAGUUAAGGGCCCCCUAUACCUCUUCACAAUAUGCUUUCACGUAAAAAUAUUUUGCCUUUUCACGAGUCACGGAUUAAGAAAAUCAUCGAUCACGUUUCACUGCUAAGUAAAAUAAGCCCUUCACGCAAAACGUAUAGGGGGCCCGAUCACGUUUCACGGCGAAGUAAAAUAAGCGCUUCACGCAAAAAGUAUAGGGGGCCCUCUUAGUUGGUCUGAGAUAUUGCAAUGGGAAAUCAUAUUCCAGUCAAUGCUAAUGUUUCUAAAAUCACUUAUGAUCUACUUUUUUGUAGUGUCGGAGGGACUGCUGGAGCAAUUGUAACAUGUCCUUUAGAAGUGAUCAAAACACGACUACAGGUAAAUAUCAUAUAUUGGAAAACUAAUUUUCCCAUAAAACUAACAAUGGUUUUAACUGAACCAUGUGUGCCAGACAAAGUGACCAAUUGACACAAUGGGUCGUUCCAGAAAAGAUCCAUACUCCCCCCCACCCCCCAUCACGGAGGAAAUUUCUGCCGUCCGGAGGGGGAGGGGAUUGUUUCUGAUAAUAGGGGAUCCUGAUUAGGACAUCCGAAGGGGGUAGGGGGUUAACUUCUUAUUUCCUCCGUGGGGGUGGUAUGGAUGUUUUCUGGAAUGACACAAUCAAAUUUGCAUCUGUCAAUCAAAAUGGUACAAAUCACAGAUUUAUAUCAGAUAUACAGUUAUAUCAACACGAGUGGAAAUUGGGAAAACGAGAAAUUGUGUGGAAGAAUUCAGAAUUCAGAAUUUACAAAUGCUAUAUUAUAUAUAUAUAUAUAUAUAUAUAUAUAUAUAUAUAUAUAUAUAUAUAUAUAUAUAUAUAUAUAUAUAUAUAUAUAUAUAUAUAUAUAUAGUAACUUUGAAUUUUGUAACUGAUCUAAUUAAAAACAUUCUAAUGUUAAAAAGUUUUUUAAAAAUUUUGCUAAAUUUUCGGCUGUAAACUGCUAGCCUUCUUCUGAGCAAUGUGGCUAUUAAAGUCAGAUUGAAUUGUUGUUUUUUUUUCAACAUGUUUUUUAACAUUAGAAUGUUUUUAAUUAGAUCGCCUCAACAGUAUAUAUAUAUAUAUAUAAUUUCACUAAAUUGUAUACUAUACUAAUUUAUUUAUUUUUUGUCUUCACUAGUCAUCCAUUCCCGUAUUCCGCCCAGCUGUUGCAUAUUUUCCUGGUAACGUCACCUUCUCUUUUGCUAUGGAGAAAGUACCUGUUGGCAUUUUAGCAUGCACAAAGUAUGUGUGUAAAUAUUUUGAAAGGCUGUUGCCAGUAUAUGUAGUAAAAAGACCGCUUGUUUUGACUAAAUCCAUCUGAUUCCAGGUUUAUUUUUUGUCAUGUGAUCACUUUUGUAUUCACUAGUAUAUAUAAAAGCUUGUUUAAUUUUCCCGAUCCACGCUAUAAAAAUGGAUGGAAUGAUAUUAAUAAAUUACGUAUGUUUAUCUUUGACGUAUAUUUAUUGUAGACAUAUCAUAAAGACUGAAGGAAUGAAGUCGCUUUUCAGAGGAUUGGGUCCAAAUCUAGUUGGUGUUGCUCCUUCAAGGUAUUACAGUCAUGUUUGGUUUAACCCAGCUAAAUUUGGCUUGUUUGAACAAUUUUUACUUUGAAUACUUUACAAACAAUAUAGUAAGCAUGCACUUUUGUGUUUGAUCUUUUUAGAGCUAUCUACUUCACAGCAUAUGCAAAGACAAAGAGUCUACUAAACAAUUCAGGCCUAGUAAAACGUGACAGCAGCUAUGUUCAUAUGCUUUCUGGCCUUUCUGCAGGUAUGGCAUGGUGCAUUUUCACCUGUUCUUUAUCCUCACUGUGAGACAUUAUAUCAGCAUGUUAACUAGACUUGGUCCAAGUCUCUCUUUGUGGAGACCCACUAUAUUGUACAUCUAUAUAUUGUACAUCUAUAUCGUACGUUACAUGACGUACUGCUGAGGGGGAGAGGCGGAAACGUAAGAAGAGAGGUCAUGUAGUGUACAAUAUAUAGAUGAACAAUAUAGUGGGUCUCCACAAAGAGAGACUUUCAGCAAGUCUACAUGUUAACACAAAUCCCCUGGGGUCAAACCGGAGGGGGCGGUUAGGAAAUGGCUCACACAUUAAUGUAUAAUGAGAAUGCUACAUGGAUCUGUAAAUAUCAUUUAUAGGUGUAACAUCAACCACAGCGACAUCUCCUAUAUGGGUUGUAAAAACAAGACUUCAACUAGACAGUAGGUAUGUAUGCCAGCACCUUUAAUGCCAUUAAUACUCAAUAUGCUCACUUGGAUUAUCCAGCAUUCAAGUUCAACCGAGCAUCUUUCAAAUUGGUUGUAAUUUAACCUUUUAUGUUUUUGCAGUGUGGUUAACAGAUUUGGUAUUCUUGAUUCCAUCAAAGAAAUCUACAGUAAGGAUGGGCUUAGAGGUUUCUACCGCGGACUUUCUGCUUCGUAUUUUGGAGUCACCGAAACGGUCAUUCAUCUUGUGAUUUAUGAGCACAUUAAGGCAAAGAUCAAUGGCAUGCGUGGUAUCAACAAGGAUUAUGGUAAAAAGCCGAGAGUUGAGAACUUUAUUGAAUACAUGUUUGCGGCUGGAAUGUCCAAAAGCAUCGCGUGUACCUUGACGUAUCCGCACGAGGUUGUCAGAACACGUUUAAGACAAUAUGAACUUGACGGUCAAAGGAAGUACCACUCAUUUUUACAGACUUUAAUAAAAGUUGGGGCUGAAGAAGGUGCAAGUGGGUUAUACCGCGGUCUCACCACACAACUAUUUCGACAGAUACCUAACACUGGAAUUAUUUUCUUGACAUAUGAAAUUAUUCUUAGCUGUUUCGAGAGUUGAAUAUUUUGUAGCAUAUAUUUAUAUUUUUGCAGAGAUGAUUUAAGUUGUAAAUAAGAAAAGAAAUAUUGUGUAUGUUAUAAGAAUUAGCAGAUCAUGUAAAUAUUUUGGACACAAAUUUGUACAGCUCUAACAUUUGUAUAGUUCUAAUUAGAGAAAUUAAGUAAAGAUUAAAU